CAUUCGCGGACGGCAUUCGCACGUUGGUUAGAUAUGGCUUCGGUUGUCACAAAUGGCAACAAAACACACGUCCGAAUUAAUAACGAGAAAGUCAGCUGUUAAGUGAUCGAAAAAAGAACGAUCUAUAAUUGUUACAUUAAUAGAUUAAUAUAAUAAUUAAAUUUUUGUUUGAGAAUUUACGAUAAUUGUCACGAUGGAACCGAUUCGACGUAUUGGUUAUUGGUGGAACGAAAAGAAGAGUAGAAAGUUUAACAUGCCCGAAUUUACUAGGAUAUUAAGGUCUGCUGGACUUAAAUUAAUCAAGAUUGAUUUGGAAAAACCUUUAGAAGAUCAAGGUCCUUUCACUGCUAUCAUUCACAAGUUAACCGAUGUGAUCGUGAGAGGAGACCGUGGCGACGAAGCAGCAAAACAAGCAUAUUCUGCAUUUAAGAAAUACAUCGGCCAACAUCGCAACAUUAUUAUGAUUGAUCCAUUACAAAAUGUUGAAAAACUUCUGUAUAGAUAUUGUCAAUAUAAGCUCAUUGAAGAAAGUGAAUUGGGCAAAGCAGAUGGUGUAUUUACACCAGCAUUUGCAGAAUUAACGUCAACUGAUAUCGAAGAAAAUAUUAAAAAGUUAAAAGCAGCAGGUGUUGAAUAUCCCUUUGUCUGUAAACCAUCUUUGGCACAUGGUUUAAGUUAUGCACAUCAAAUGUCUCUUAUUUUUGGAGAACAUGGACUAAAAGAUAUCACCCCACCCUGUGUUGCCCAAACAUUUAUUAUUCAUAAUGCUAUCUUAUACAAAUUAUUUGUAAUUGGCUCUAAUUAUUUUGUUAUUGAAAGACCUUCUCUAAAGAAUUUCACUGCUGGAAAUUAUCCAACAAUCCGUUUCAACAGCCACGAUAUUUCUAAACCACACUCUGCUUCUUCUUUAACCGAGCUUGAUUCGGUUGAUGAGGAUUGUCCUAUUAUCAAACCAGAUAAAGAAUGCCUUGAUCGUAUUGUAGAUAUCACACGACAGAAACUUGGAUUGAAUUUACUUGGAAUUGACGUUAUUGUCGAUAACAGGACUGGAAGAUAUGCAAUAAUUGAUAUGAAUGCAUUUCCAGGUUACGAUGGCGUCGAUAAUUUCCUCGAUCUUCUCUGUGAUUUAAUACUCACAGAAAUCAGGAGGUUGCAGCCAUCAAACAAAGAAAUUAAUGGAAUUAUAGAACAUACUAACCAUUCUUUUUCUUCUGGGACCUACAAGGGAUAUCAGCUUUCGAUAUCUCCUGUCGAUCAUUCCACAGAAACCAAGCUAUAUGACGUGAAUGAAAUUGCAUAUGGCAUUUCUCCAACAGCACAUAAUCUAAUGUAUCAGUUGGAACAAACAGGACAUAUGUCCCUCCCAUUAGCCGAUUAUCCUAAUAUAUUUGAUACCUCAAUUGUGCCUGAGAAUAUUAAAUGGAAUCAGUCUAUAGAUCCUACAAUAAAUUCCCUGUCUGUAGAAAAGUUGUUAACUCCUAUAGACAGCAGUCAAGAAGAUUCGGGAAUUGAUACGUCAGAUUCCUGCGACGAAAAGAAAAAUAAAGUGGUACCGCCAAGGAUAACAAAACGUCAACAUUCCCGUGGCCACGCCACAAUUACUGCCAGUCCCACAUCUAAGGAAUCGUAAAAGAAUUUUUUUGUCAAUUUAUUUUUAACGGCCAUAAUUGUUGGCAGGUUUUAUAUGUGGACUUGUUAAAAAAAUAAUUAUGCUUUAUAUAAAAUUAUUAUGGAACCAACAUAUACUAAAUUAUAUAGAUGUGUGGCCGAACUUAUGAUGUGGAUUCCGGUGUUCUUUACUAUAUCAUGGAAUUAUUUAUUUCAUAUUAAAAUUUCUUUUUUUAAAAUGUGGACAAAA